AGAUCGAGGCAGAUCAAGACUGUUAGAACUCCACGUUUACUGUCCUUGUACUAUAUUUUGACUUUGCCUUGGAAUAGAAUAGGUGCCAGGAACGUUGUAUGGCCGGACUUCAACUCCGGUUCUACGUCAUACCAUCUGCCUAGCAUGGUUUGUAUCGUCCUGUUCCUCUUUCGCCAUUCCUUCGAUUCCCCAUGUUUCCCUUUUCCGCAAUGUGUAGGUUAUCCUUCCAACUCUAUUUCUGCGUCGCGCGCCAACAACAACACGAUUGAUUGAUCGAUAACCUCCAUUCUACCUUACAAACGUGCGCCUCUGACAUGUAAGAUAACAACAACAUGAACGAAUCGCAAUAUUACCGUCAAAUAGCCCCAGGCCCGUCACCAACAUCUGAAGAAGCGUCUAGGCCGACGAGUGCUGGUGGGGAAAUUGCUGGUGGUGGGAAUGGGGGGAGUAGUCAGUGGAAGAAGAGGGUGUCGACGGCUUGUUUGGCUUGUAAGAAGUCGAAGAGGAAGUGCUCUGGAACAGCUCCGUGUGAUAACUGUCGAGCAUUUAAUCGGGUCUGCGUGUUUGAUGAAUCGCUCGAUCAACGACGGCGGGUCGCCGCGAAGCGCACAGCGGAUGAAUUGACGUACCACCGUGACCUUCUGAAUGACUUGUUCAAGCUGAUUCGCGCCGCGGAUGAAUCGCACGCCCUUAAACUUCUCGAGAUCAUCCGCAAAGAUGCCUCGGCCGAAGAAAUCAGAUCCUACGUUGACGAAACCCUAGUCGGCCUCGACAGCACAACCUCGCAAUCCAAAGAAAACAACAAAGAAGUGGUAAACAAAUUAGAGGACGUACGGCAAAUGCUCAAUGUCGAAGGCACGGGUCCCUCGUUCCGGCGGAAGGUCAUGGACAUACAUUUUCUGUGUGAUGAAGCGCCGUGCAAGGUUCCUGCGAAGCCGUGGACGACUGUGACCGAGGAUGACGAUCUGGUGUCGCAUUUGAUAUCGUUGUAUUUCACCUGGGAUUAUCCGUUUUAUUCGUUUUUGGAUCGGGAUGUGUUUUUGAGGCAUAUGGCGAUGGGGAAUUUGGAGACGGAGUUUUGUAGCCCAUUUUUGGUGAAUGCUAUUUUGGCGAAUGCUUGCUAUUUCUCGGAAUUCACAGAAGCAUAUGUCAUCCCUGGGGACAUUUUGACUAAAGGAGCGGAUUUUCUUGCUGAAGCAGAGCGGUUGAGGCAACAAGAAACGGCGAAGAUUGGGCUCUGUUCGUUACAGGGCACGCUUUGUUUGUAUGAGAGAUAUGCGUUAACGGAAGACGAUGACAUGGGAUACCUGAUGCUGCACCAGGCAAUUCGAGCCGGUGAAACACUCGGGUUGAUUGGUGAUAAAGGGGUGAAGAUGAUUCCCGAGCAGCUUUCCUUUGAUAUGGAUACUUCUCUCAGACGGACUGCUUGGGGGUUAUUCCAUGUUGAUACUGUAAUCCAUACCAGCUUCCUAAGACCAAGUCUCGUCGCCAAAGUCAACAUGAAACGAAUUGACCGCAACGGAUCUACUAAUAGCGACCUCUGGAUUCCAUAUCCUUCGCAUCGCAACGCCAGGUCAGCAUAUCUGAGCCAGUACUUUGAUGAAACAUGUAACCUCAGCGAGAUUGCACUGGAUAUUUCGAAGGAACUGUUUUCAGAGGAUAGGAGCGUGACUUCGGCUUCGCAGCGUCGUCAGGCGAAGGAAAAUUUGUAUGAGCGACUACGAAGAUGGCAUGGUGCUUUGCCGCGUAUUUUUGGGCCAGAGACGAAACCGCCGCCUUAUAUUAUUCUUCUAAGAAUGAGAUAUUACACCCUGGUUAUUAACGUAUUCGCCUGCAAUACAGACGAUGACGUCUCUAGCACCACAUCCGACGCCCCUAAAACGCCAGAAAGCGAGCCCCGCCAUAGCCCAACCGGCAAAUACAAUGCUUGGGAACUCACACAAUCUGCUGCCCGCGGCAUCGCAAGCCUCACACGCCUGCAUCGACGCGAAUACGGUAUGACACGCGCGCACUAUUUCGCCAUGUACGCCAUCAACCUGGCGCUCUUCGCCAUGCUCGAGUCCGAAUCCUUCGACAUCUUAGACCCAGACUUCCUCUCCCUCUCCAGCUCGUUCUUUGUAAUUGCAAGUCGCUCGCAUCUGGGCCGCAACUUAUUUCAUAUCUUCCGGCAAUCUGUACGCUCCAAGUCGCAAGGGAAACGAAUCCGCGAGUCAAGCGGCGUCUCCGAAGAAUUAAAGGAAUUAUUCGACGAAGACGCCAUUGCGAAGGGACAGAACUGGCUAGAUGACUACGCCAACGGCCUUGAGAAAUUGAACCAGGAUGAUCGAUACAACGGACUUGGGAAUGGGAGUCAUGACGGCGAAGAUUUACAGGAGUAUCCGGGGUUAGGGCUAUUUGAUAUGCUGGAUCGGUACGAGAGCUUGAGUCUGGGGAAGGAUGAGAUUGUGGCUGAGAGGAAUAAGCAGGAGGAGUGGUAA